GCUGUCACUAUGGCUUCUCACAAGAUUGCAAAGCUCUCCGGAGCCUCGCCUGCUGAUGAAUUCGAGCUUUCUGUCGCUCAGGCCCUUUUGGACUUGCAGAACAACGUCCCUGAGUUGAAGAAGGACUUGGCCGGUCUCCAGAUCACUGGUGCCAAGGAGGUCGAGCUCGGUGCUGGCAAGAAGGCUAUCGUCAUCUUUGUCCCCGUUCCUUCCCAGAAGGCCUUCAACAAGGUCCAGGCUAGACUUACCCGUGAGCUCGAGAAGAAGUUCUCUGACCGCCACGUCGUCUUCGUUGCCCAGCGCCGCAUUCUGUCCAAGCCCACCCGCCGCCAGAACCCCAAGCAGCCCCGCCCCCGUUCCCGCACCAUCAAGGCUGUUCACGAGGCCAUCCUCGAGGAUCUCGUCUACCCUACCGAGAUCGUCGGUAAGCGCACCCGCGUUGCUGUUGACGGUUCCAAGACCAUCAAGGUCUUCCUCGACACCAAGGAUGCCACUUCCCUCGAGUACAAGCUUGACACCUUCUCUUCCGUCUACAAGAAGCUCACCGGCAAGAACGUCGUCUUUGAGUUCCCUGCCAACGUUGACCUUUUCUAAAGAAAUAAAAGUUUAACGACCAAAUAAAAAAAACGUGAAUUUUGGAAGAACAAUCUUACAAAAAAAAACAAAAAUAUUAUGAAACAAAAUUGAAUAUUUUUUUAUGUAU